AUUAUCUAUAUACUCCUGUCCGUUAUUUUUCUACGAUGUUAACAAUUAUGCAGAAAAUCGCCCGCGUACUGGAUCAAGCGGGCGCUCUAAACGCUCCGCUGUGAAAGUGUAAGAUUGUAAAUGCAUUUGAUCCCGAACAAUGCGCAGUUGUUCUACAAAAAAAAAAUGACUGGUGACAGCAAUAUAGAAGAUGAUGUAGAUGGAUUUUCGAGGGAACCCGAUUUUGAGCUUGAAAUGGAAGAAGAUAGCAUUGAUAUCAGAUCGACAGAUAUCAAUAAAAAUUACGAAACUAUCUCGUUUUAUUUGCUUAAAUUUUAUGUCAAAAUUUCAAUUAUUUAAGCCGAAAACCCUGAAACUAUGUAAGGUAGGUAUGGCAUUUAACGCCCAAUGUGUAAUAACGCCCGAAUGCUAAAAAUCGGAUAAAAUGUUGCGCGAGUUACGUUACGCUUCACGCACACAUAGAAUAAUCCAAUAGGAACGCAGAGACGCGACGCGCCGUCGAUCACGCCACGAAUAUUCUCAGUAGCGAGCCACGAACCAAGAACGACGACAGUGCACGCUGUUAUUAUAAAAUACACUCGGACAAAUUUAUCGGGAAAAUGGCUCCAUCUAAUCCCACACGUAAGAAAAGAGGGGAGUCAUGGUCUGAAGAAACAAUGAAAGCUGCCAUUAAUGCCGUGCAAAGAGGACAUUUGACUCAGCGAUCAGCAGCAGAAAGAUAUAAUAUUCCGCGAAGAACUUUGAGAGAUCACUUAAAAACUGGUGAAGAAAUUAAACGUUUGGGGAGAAAGCCUAUUUUGACGAUGAAUCAAGAAAGAGAUUUAGCUUCUCGGAUAAAAAGAUUUGCAAGCAUUGGGAUUCCACUAACUCCUAAAUUCAUUAGAAAACAAGCUUUCUUAUUUUGCGAGAGGCAUGACAUCAAAAAUAAUUUCAAUAGUUCCAAAAGAAUUGCUGGUGUAGACUGGUUGAGACAAUUUUUAAAAAGAAAUCCAUCCAUUAGUAAACGUAAGCCGCAAAUGAUGAAUCCAGCGCGUGCACAAAAAUUAAAUAAACCUAUUGUUGAACAACAUUUUCAAAGUAUCCGUAAAUUGUAUGACGAGUUAGAUAUACUGCGACACCCAGAAAGGUUAUAUAACAUGGACGAGAAAGGAUGUCGAAUAACUGUGCAUAAACAGCAUACAGUUUUGGCAGCAAAAGGGAGCAAAAGAGUUCACCUCAUUGCUCCGGAGCAUGCAGAGAACGUGACGAUAGCGAUGUGUGUGAAUGCUAUAGGUACGGCGAUUCCAGCUAUGAUAAUUUUUAAAGGGCAAAGAAACAGACCAGAUCUAACAGAAAAUCUACCAGCUGGAACAUUAGUUAGAAUGGCACAGAAGGGAAGUAUGACUUCAGAUUUAUUUGUGGAAUUUAUUCAGCACCUGGCAAAACAUAAAGUCGCUGAUAAAUGUUUAUUAAUUUUUGAUGGAGCAAAGUGCCAUCUAUCAGUCGAGGCGCUAGAUGAAGCUGAUAAAAAUGAUAUAGUUCUCUACUGCCUCCCGUCAAAUACAACUCACGAAUUGCAACCGUUGGACAAAUCGGUAAAUAAAUCCUUUGAACAUCACUGGGAUGAAGCUGUCUUGAAUUUUUUGUCAGUCAACGUUAAUAGGACAUUGAACAAAGCCGAUUUUAAUAAAAUAUUUUCUCAAGUGUGGCCCAAAUGCAUGACACAUACUAAUAUAGUGAAUGGGUUCAAAGCUACAGGUCUUUACCCCUAUAAUCCUGAAGCAAUCCCUGAAGAAGCAUUUGCUCCAUCAGUUUUAUCUGAAAUUCCAUGUCCUCAAAAUCAAAAUAAACAAGUGGAGAAACCUGAUGCUAAUACUGAUACUGACUCUGAUGAAAAUCAGCCUAAUUUCCAUGUAAACCCAUCGAACAUACGGGUCUCGACUCCUGAUGAUUUUGAUGUUGAUUCUGGCAACGACCUAAAUGUGAUGCCUAGAAGAGAGAUUUCUUCUGAACAGUAUCAAAAUAUGCAGAAUUAUCUACCGUCUACUUCAGAAUUAAGGGAAACAAACAUUCCACGUAUUGUUGAUUAUAGCUCAUCUACUGAUUUUUCUGAAACUGAAUUGGAACAAGCUCCUCAUAAUUCUACACUGCAUGAUUCAGACCAUAGCUUAUGUGCUUCACCAUCCAUAAUUUCUGAAAAUGUAUGUGUGGUUCCUGAAACGCCUACAAAUAAAGAAAGCUAUAAUGACAUUGAUAUGGCAGUUCCGAGUUGUUCAGGUCUGCAAAGACCUAUACGCCGAAAUUACAGCUCUGAUUCAUCUGACAUAGAUGAUUUCAUAAACAAGCUAUCACAUAAUAACUUUAAAUAUUCAGUUGAAGACGUCUAUGGUUAUUCAUCAACAGAUGAAGAAAAUGAAAAUUUAGGUAUUAUAAAUAAAGGAGAGACAACGCCUAAAAAGCAAAUAAAAGAAGCAAAACCUAAUGAUGAUGAGUACUGUUUUUCAGAUGAAGAUGAUGUACCGUUGUUAAAUUUGAAGAAACCAAAUAACAAAACAGAAUUUGAAAAAUUUUUACCUACUCCUAAUUACGCUGUAACUAAAACAAACCGUCCACGAAAGAAAGCUAUCAAUUAUAAAGGUCAACGUAUUACUAAAGACCUCUUUAACAAAAAAGAUGAACGUAAAAAGAAAACAAAGAAAACCAAAACCAAAAAAAAUGAGAAGAACAAGAAGGAUAAGAUUAAAAAUAGAGUAAUAAAAACAAAAAAGAAGACACAAAAUAAAAAGAGAAUUAAUGAAAAAGAAGACGAUACAGAAGAAUGGUAUUGCUAUGCAUGCCAUGAAAAUACGAAAUUGGACAUGAGACAAUGUAAAUUGUGCAUGAAGUGGUACCAUGAGGAGUGUGUGGGCCUCUCGAAAGAUGAUGAAGACUUCAUUUGUUCAAGUUGUGAAUAAAUAUAAAAAGUUUUAAAUUCCAGUACAUUGUAAGACUGAUUACCGGUAGCACUGUAAGACUGAUUAUUGAUAGUCACUCAGAGUAGUUCUUAGGAUAUUUUAAUUCUGAUGUUUUAUUAUUUGAUUACUGAUCUCAUUAAUGUUUAAGUUUUGUACUUUAUUUCAGGGCGUUAUUUGAAGCGCUGUACUGGGGCGUCAUUAGCCAUCUACGUUUAAUAGCGCCCAAUAAGCAUUUCAUGAUAAUUAAUAUUUUUAUGAAAACUCCCAUAAAUGUUGAUUUUCUAUAGUUUUAAAACAUGUUAGAAGUAAGAUAUUUUUGUUAAAGAUGAUUACGUAGAAAAUACAAGAAGUGUUAGACGAGUUACUAAAUUUAAAUAUUGGCGUAUUUGUAAUUCAAUUAUGACUAUUGUGGUGCUUUAUAAAAAAAGUCAAUAUAAUUUACUUUUUGGUUUUAUACGGCUCUAAGUCGAAAUUUUAAUGUUUAUUGAGAUAAUUCGUUAAAUAAUAUUUGGGCGUUACUAAAAACUGUAUGUUCAAUAUCGCCCAUGACAGGGUAUUCAAGAAUUCUUUGUUUGCAUAAUUUUAUACGACUUAUAGCACUUGAGUGUUAGUUUUCUAUGUUUAUUUCUUCACAAUAAAACUAUUUCUCUAAACGGUUUUUUAAUUAAAUUGUUUCAUUAAAUAUUAUAUUGAUUUGAAAUUAAGCGGGCGUUAAUUGCCUACGAUACCUUACUAUUUUUGGUCAACGGGCAAGUGUUCAAAAAGUUGGACUACAUAAUAAAGUUAAUGUAACUAUAAAUUUGUGAUUCCUUUAAUAAAGAUUUUUUAAACCUUCAUAUAUUGUUUGAUUGGAACGACUGUGUAAAAAUGUUACCAACAAUUUUUUAUUUGCAUUAAAGAUCCAUGGGUAGUGUUUAAAGAAAAUCAGGAAAACUGUGUUCAACUUGCCUGUGGUAUUACAUUUAAAUUAAUGCUAAUAUGUAUAUUGUGUUUCCAUUAGUAACUUUCCAUUUUUGUAUUCCUUCCAGACUACGUCUCAAAAAAUGUCCCGUUUAAAACAAAAAAAAUAAAUGGUCACGUUACCCAUGUUGCAAGCAGAGAGCGAAUCAAGCAGAAUAUAGCAAUGAAUAUUUGUGUACGAU